UAAUCAUUCCAAUAACUUUCUUCACAUGUGGCAAUACGAUUAUUUCCGGCAUCACGUGACUGAGGUAUAAAAGCAUUGGUAAGGUCAGUGAAUCGUCCAUUUUGUUCUUGCAUCUGUUUUGGCAAUGUCGCACCGUAAGUUUUCCGCGCCGAGACAUGGCUCCAUGGGGUUCUACCCCAAGAAGAGGUCCCAGCGUCACCGUGGUAAAGUAAAGGCUUUCCCUAAAGAUGACCCUAGCAAACCAGUACAUUUAACUGCCUUUAUUGGUUACAAAGCUGGUAUGACCCACGUGCUUCGUGAGGCAGACAGACCUGGAUCAAAGAUCAACAAGAAAGAAAUUGUUGAAGCCGUAACUAUUUUGGAAACACCACCCAUGGUCGUGGUUGGAGCUGUCGGUUAUAUUGAAACUCCACAUGGUCUACGGGCAUUGGUUACUGUUUGGGCUGAACAUUUGUCAGAGGAAUGCCGCCGUAGAUUUUACAAAAACUGGUAUAAGAGCAAGAAGAAGGCUUUCUCUAAGUCCUCCAAGAAAUGGCAAGAUGAGCUUGGUCGCAAAUCAAUUGAAAGGGAUUUGAAGAAAAUGGCCAAAUACUGUAAAGUUAUUCGUGUUAUAGCGCAUACACAGAUGAAACUAUUGAAACAACGUCAAAAGAAAGCACACAUUAUGGAGAUCCAAUUGAAUGGUGGUACAGUUGAACAAAAGAUCCAAUGGGCUCGUGAACAUCUUGAGAAGCCAGUUCCAGUUUCCCAAGUUUUUGGACAAGAUGAAAUGAUUGAUGUUAUUGGUGUCACUAAAGGAAAAGGAUUCAAAGGUGUAACUUCUAGAUGGCACACAAAGAAGCUUCCAAGGAAGACACACAAAGGUCUGCGCAAAGUUGCUUGUAUUGGAGCUUGGCAUCCUAGCAGAGUCUCAUUCACUGUGGCUCGUGCUGGUCAAAAGGGAUACCAUCAUCGUACUGAGAUCAAUAAGAAAAUCUAUAGAAUUGGUGCUGGUCUCCACACUAAAGAUGGAAAGGUCAUCAAGAAUAAUGCAUCCACUGAAUAUGAUUUAAGUGAAAAAAGCAUUACUCCCAUGGGAGGCUUCCCUCAUUAUGGUGAAGUUAACAAUGAUUUUGUUAUGCUCAAGGGCUGUGUCAUGGGACCCAAAAAGCGUGUUAUCACAAUGAGAAAGUCUCUAUUAGUCCACACCAAACGUAUUGCUUUAGAGAAGAUCAAUUUGAAAUUCAUUGAUACUUCAUCCAAAUUCGGACAUGGUAGAUUCCAGACUCCUGCUGAUAAAUUUUCUUUCAUGGGUGUUCUCAAGAAAGAUCGUGUUAAUGAAGAGACAACUGCUGCUCAACCCACAGCUAGCACAUAAGUUGGUUUCUGUUACAUUUAUUCAUGAGGAAUAAAGUAAAUUAAAAAAUA